CCGAAGUGCUACACGACGAGCCCGUCGCUCGUCGUGGGUACAUCACGCAGCAAUAGCGCCCUGUCGGAUGCACCCAAGAGCAUAUCCGACAUGUACAUCGCCAAUGCAAUGCCCAGCGACGCGAUUGGCGUACGAUCCAACAUGACCGACGCGUCUGACACCAUCGUCAAGACAUCCUCGUCUCGUAUGGCGAGCACCUCACUCACCGUACACGGCGAGCCCAACGCUUGCGAUGUUGUCGCCAUCGACGUACCUCUGAGCACGUCGAUCGACUCAUCCGCAUUGACGUCUGCCACUGGUUCGACACCGCGAGAGGCAGACUCGCCUACACCUGUCUUCAAGACAUCACCGCAUACGGAGAGCUCGUUGCUCAACGUAUCCGGCGAGAUCAACACCGGUGACAAGGCUGCAGUCGACGCGUUCAGAAGCAUGUUGACUGCCUCCAUGUCAACGGAAUGUAAGUCUCCCGAGUCGACACUGGCCGUGUCGUCCGGCAUCAAGGAUCCGACUACGAUGGACGAGUGCUCAGCGAAGGACAGUACAUCCAACUCGAAGGAUGUACUGACUUCGUCGGCAGCCCCAUCCUCGAGUACUGUAACCCGUGCGCAAGACAAGCCGUAUCACUCGAGCUCGUACGAGCGGUACAGGCCCCCCGCACUACGUGAUCAAGCUCCGAUCCGUGCGCACAAAGAGUCGACCUCGGACGUGCACGGUACAUCCCCCGUCAAGAUGCCGUCGCCGAGCACAGCGAGCUCGUCGACACCACGGCACACAUUAGCCUCGACAACACGCGAGGUUCGCGACAAGACCGCCCCGCGCGAGCACGACGGCGUGAAGGAAGGCAGUACACCCACUCUGUCGGAUGUACUGUCAUCCUCACGUCAGUCAGCCUCGUCGAAGACUAGGAAGCCGGGCAGGUCGUCCGACACUCAGACCAGCAAGUCGGUCAGCUUCGCGACGAACGAGAAGCUUGACAAGGCCAAUGAAGACGAGAAGGGCAGUACACCUGAGCCAGGUGUACUGACUUCUUCGCGAUCCACGGCCCGACCGACAUCAAGUACGAGUCAACGCGAUGGCCGAGACCUGCACGGACGCAAGUCCAACCUCGACGCACCUGUGUCGAGACCCUACACGUCGGAUACCCGCCGCACGUACGAGGAAUCGACCUCGCGCGUGCGCACGACCUCGACCGCCAAGACUGCCAAGCGGGUCGUCGAGCAAUCGACGAGGCACAGUACGUCCGAAUCGCCGGACGUACUGACCUCAUCGUACUCGAUGGCCGAGCUGGAAUCAAAGCGCCUGGAGCUCAUCGCCCGGUACUCGUCAGCUAGCAAGCGAGCGAGUACCAGUACGGCACAGACCGAGUCGCCACGCCUGCCUGAUGGUGUGGCUACUUCGUCCCGCACCCGCACGGACCAGGUAUCGCGCCACAAGAGGCACGAUACAUCCACGAUGGAUGUACCGACCUCGGUGGGCUCAACAACAAGGCCGACGUCGACAGAACGCUCACGUCCGCUGACGGAACAUGAACAACCUUCCGCGCGACCAGGCUAUCGCCGUAUCCACGAGGAUUCAACCUCGCGUGUACGCGACAAGACUGUCGCCUUCACCGAUUACCGGGGAGGUUCAGUCCAAAGGGGGGAAGGGAGCGGCACGGCAAAUCGUGACCGCUUGACUCGGACGAAUACCAGUACAUCGAGUCGCGAUGUACUGGGGUCGGAACGAGUAGACGAGACACAUGUGGUCUGGACAUCGAGCGCGAGGCUUGAUGUACAGACCCAUGUACCUGCGACGACAUUCUCGAAGCCGAGCAUGUCGCGUGGUAUCUUCGACAUGAUUGGUACCAUUCCAACAGCGGGCGCGCGCUCCGAGUAUAUUGAUGAUACUCGGUGGCCGACUGCUGAGCACCUGCGAGCCGAGUGUUUCAGUUUCGUGACCGACCGGUUCGAACUCAAGCUGGCUCAGGCUGCGAAGGCCGAGCAAGCUGGGGACUGGAAGGCAUGGGCUGAACUCAAGGUCAGCGGCCUCGACUGGGGAGAUGUCCUCAAUGACAUGUCUCCGCGACCGGAGUCGUACACCCGAGCGGCUCAGAGAGCCCGCGAUCACUUCCAACGGGCUGUGGAAGUGCGGCCGAUAGACUACGAACUAUCGUGGUCCGAGCCUCGGUUGCUACGACCACUCCGUGAAUGGGUCUAUGCUCAGCUCUGGGAUCAAUCAGUGCCCUUCGUAGCUACUUACCAACCAGCAGUCGAUGUUACUGCUGGUAGGUCAGUAUUCUAUGGCAUGGGUGGUGGAUUUGUCCCGACUUCGACUUGGAGUCAAUCAGAUGGUGAUGAGUCUUACGAUUCCACCCCUGACAUACCAUCUGACCACGAUGAUGUUGAGUCCGAGCACUCUCAGGCUUUGGAACAUGAUGGUGGUCCAGGUGAUGACGAGGUCGACUCAGUAGUAGUCUCUGAUGACUAUUAUGAGUCAGACUCGUAUGACCAUAGCUCACCUAUGGCCUCGUCUGCAUCUGGUGCUUCUGCAUAUUCUGCCGAAGACUAUGAUGACUAUGAUGACGAGGAUGGUGACUAUGAUGAUGAUGAUGGUGGUGACUACUACUCAGAGUAGUAGUCCGCUUUUUGAGGCUCUCCUGUAUGCCUGAACACAUUGUAUGUUCAGGUGCAGGCGAGUAGUACGCUGGCGCGAUGAUAUGUUUUCUUUUCUUUUAUGUUUCUUUCAUACCUGUUGCAGUAUGUUCUACCACAGAUGGUUGAACAUACUCAAUGCCCACGAGAUCAUGC